AUGGCUUCCCUUCGUCGACCAUCUGCUGCGAUCCAACGAGGCCAAGGGAAUCAUGGUCCUAUUCAGUCUGGUCCCCGACCACCUGUGCCCGUUGAAAUUGACAAGAAGAAGGAUGCCAGAAAAUCGAAAGUUGGAGAUAAGAUCAGGAAGAGGAUGAGCAUGAGGUAUAUGGGAACAGACCAAAUCCCUUCAGGACCCGUACCGCCUCUACCUGGUCAAGGUGAUUUCUUAGAUUCUGAUCCGUACGGAGGAGCAGAUUUCACACCGUUACCAGAUGAUGCACAAGGUGGAGAAAGUUAUUUCAAUGAGUUUGGUUCACCUGAAUUCGCUCAAUCUGGAUUCGGUACAGGUUCAGCUUCAAAUGAUAAUCGUGCAGGAAUAGGAAGUGGUUCGGGUCCAGCAUCUGCUUCUGGAUCAAGAAUAAUCGCUGAAGAAGGUAUAAGACGAAGAGGUGCAGAAGAUGCUACAAGAGAACAAGAAUGGGAUCUAGAUGAAUUGAAUAAAGAUGGUUUUGACAUACAGGAUUACUUGAGAAGAACUCUGACAGGUGCAGAUGAAGAUGAAAAGAAAAGAUUUAAAGCUGCGCUCAUGAGAGAAAAACAAGGUAAUAAGAAAGAAUUACAAAAAAAUGUUUUUAGACACUAUGCGGAAUUUGUGACGAUCUCUAAAGAGAUAUCAACCUUGGAAAAUGAUAUGCUUGAUUUGAAAGAAUUACUGGGACAAUGGAAAGAUCUACCCCAGUUAAUGGGAAUGGAAGAUACUUUAGCACCGACAUUGGACAAGAGUGGAAACAUUGAACGUCGUCGAACUCAAAGAAACUCUGUGAUGGAUCUUCAAAAUCUAUACAAGACACAAUUAACACAAUUAUGGUCGACGGUUGAAGGUUCACAGAAAUAUCUCCCUUUAGUUCCAGGUCGUCACCUGGUGUACGAGACUCAUAAUUUCGUCGAACUCAAUGCUGCAACGUACAAAGCGAAGCAGAAUGUCUCGAUGUUUUUACUCAACGAUCUGUUAUUGAUUGCUGGAAGAAGAAGGAUGAAAUCUGUUGUGACAAAUGGAGAUGGGAAUGAUAAAGAAAGAGAAAGGGGUAGAAUGGUUGCUGAAAGAUGUUGGGUACUAGCUGAUUUGGUCGUAGUUGACGUGAAAGAUAGUGGAGAUCUAACCAAUGCGUUGAAGAUACGUAGAGGGAAAGAAGUCUGUGUCUAUCGCACUUCGAAACCUGAAGAUAAGAAAUCACUUCUAGGUGCUUUCAGACAAGUUUCUCAAGAAUUAGGUGAAAAGAAGAGGAAAGAAAGCGAGAAAGAACAGGAGAGAAGGAAGAGCAUGUGGCAUGGCGAUAAGGGAGGGGGUCCAUCCAGCGGAGGCCCAUCCCUACCUGGUAUCAUGAGUCCUGGUCGGCCUUUAUCUACCAUAGGAGUAUCCAUGGCAGAUUCUAAGGAUUUAAGAUGGAUUGAUGAGUACGGCGACGAAUUGACCAUGGCUAUUGCGAGGAGAGAUUGGGACGAGGCUGUUAACCUAGUCGAAAGGGGACGAGAUCUACUCAAGACAGUCUCAUCCAACCCCUCGGCACUGACGCUCUUAACAACCCGAUUGGAUCAAUUGACACCUUCGUUGAUUCAUCAAAUAUCGCAUGAUCUGUCUUCCCCUCAAAUACGCAAGACCGUUACUGGUAAUCUGGUAUCAUUACUCACAAAAUUAGAUUGCUCGGAUCUAGCUAGAGAUACUUUCUUAAGGUCAAGAAAAGAAGUCAUGCUGAAAAGAGUCAGAAGUAUAAAAUGUGAAGGUGAUAUAAGUAUCUAUAUAUCAGAAUUAGCAGUUGUUUGCUUUACAGUUAUAAGGCAUACGAGUGAUUGGUUUAUGGGUGCUUUCAAAGAAAACAGAAUGGCGUCUGGCUUUGUGACUUGGGCAAAGGAACAAAUCGAAACUUUCUCAGAUAUGUUUAGGAGACAAGUCUACGCUCCGAACGUGGAGGAAAGUGUUGCAGAAGAAUGUAUACGGGUCACUGCCUCCCAAAACAGAAAGCUUCUGCGCGAUGUUGGCCUCGACUUCACCUACCUUUUAUCCACCCUUCUGCAAGCUGAUCCGACAGUCUCGGUCCCGCAUCCAAUUUUCAAUAACUCCGCAUCCCUCUCUACACCAGCUACAGGCUAUCACAUGGGCGAACGUUCUGCUGAAGCACCUCCGAUGGGACGGCAAUCAUCAGGCUAUGCUCCAAGCCUAGGUAGAUCAGAUUCAGGUUACACAGGUGCCGGAACACCUGCCCUUCGUCGCGAAGGCUCGGGGACAUCGAUGAGUAGAGAUCGAUCAUAUGGCGCUUCGUCAACAGAUGUCAGAGUGGGUAAUACCGCUCCGUUGAGUAUACCUCCCAGAACGAAAGUUCCGGGAAUACACAGUCCUAUUAGCCCAAGUUCAGGCCGAUCCACUCCCUUGUCAGGAACUCCACGAGAUGAGAAUCCGUCAUUACCCUUUAGAAGCGAUAGAAGAGGUAAUGGACAAGUCAGGUCUUCAGAGUCUUUACUUUGA